AAAUCGACUAUAGUAUCCUCACCCUAAGUUCUUUCCAUCUGGUCAGAAGCACAAUCGAAUGCAAUAUAUGAUCGUCUGAUGCGAGAGCGAUAAUCAUGGCUCAAGUACCUCAACCGGCGCCGGUUCAUUGUUACACGAAUCCAUCGUUCUGUCGCCAAUCGGAGUACAUACCGGACGAUCGUGUUAACGACCUACCGCCGCCGCCGCAGCAGUUUCAAGGAAGCGACGAUUUACCGCCGCCUCCGCCGCCGUUGCAAUUGCAAUGUCACGCCGCGGGUCAGAGCAAUCCGGCCUUUCAGGCUCCGCCGGAGGCGACGUUGGAUGUGUGCGAGUCGCGGGACCAAUAUUGUUAUCUGGAAGAUAACAGAGCACCAGCGCACAGAAGGUACUCGAGCCUUCCGGCGGAGGAGCCUCGCGUGACUUACAACCAGUCCUCCUCGCGCUACGAAUACAUACAGCAGGACGAGGCGGAGAGGAGCCAGUUGCAGCGCCGGGGCUCGUCGCGGUACGACUUCAUUCCGCACCAACAGGUGCAACAACGUUCCGCACCGGCGGCCAACCAAGACGAUCGAGGAGGGCCGCAGACGCGCCGCGGCAAUGCCGGCAGAUACGCGCUUAUACCGGGUGACCAGGAUUAUCAGGACGACGGCUCGCAAUGGAGCAACGCGAAAUCAGCACCGCGGCAUAUCAACACGCCGCAAGGCCGUUACGCCAGAGUGCCCUUGCAAGAAGACAUUCCGCCGGCGCUUCCCGACAGAAAUAUGCAAGAAUUCUCGGUAUCGCCGAAAAACAAUUUAGCCACGCAGAAACUGCACGAGAUAUUAUCCACGCCUAGAAAACGAUCUAGAUCCGAAGAGAGGACAUUGUCGCCGAAGAGACAACAGUCUUUCAAUCAAACUAGCACACCGCAAAGAAGAGCGUUCACUCCCGGCGGAUCUCCAAAUGGACGUACCUUCAGUCCGACGCGCACAACUCCUCAAGGAACACCUCAGGGCCGAGGUUUCUCACCUACAGGACCUCAGACUUCAACGCCUAACAAGGAAUCGUCAGCUCGUAGAUGUCUUCCUCUGCUGGAGAACUCAUCCCGACAGGAUGUUUGUCCAGCCAGUAAUUGCGGCCGGCUUCGUUACGUAGGCACCGCUCCGGUAGAUUUAAUGAACAUGAGUCACAGCGAGCCGCCGCCUCGCUACGCUUACACAGAGAGCGGGCUGGAGUCGAUGCCGAUGAUGUCCGGAUCGCCUAGAUAUCAGGUGAUGCCCGCCGAUCAGAAGAACUAUCAAAGUGUGGAAAGCGCAUUCAUGGCUCGUACCGCCGUCGUACCGCCGUUAUCUCCGCCCAACAGCGACGCGAAUACGACUUUGGCGAGCGGUAUGGAAAAAAGCGACAAAAGGAGCAUACCGAUUCUAUUGAUGCUGGUCGGUGUUCUGACGUCUGGUCUAGCUCUGUAUCUAUCUUGGUCGCAAGGAAGAAGAUACUACUUCGAUAGCGCAGUUGGCUGCGGUGCCUGCUGCGCAUUAGCGGGUGCAUGCAGAAGUCUACGGAGAACCUGGACAGGACUUGGUCUGGCUGGACUAUCGGCAUUGAGCUGUGCCGGUCUCCUGUUGCUCGCCGCUAAGUCCCCGAAGGAAGGCACACCUCUUCACGACAUCACGGCCGGUGCCUUGUGCGGCGUAUCGGUCUUAGGCGCCGGUCUGGCUCUUUUGGCUCUUUUAAAACCGAGAUGUAGCCUCGGACGUCAUAGACGAGUGCAUUCUUGGAUACCACGAUUUUCCCCUUAGCUCCCCUACAAUAAUACUCGUUCACUACGCGACCGUUAAACACAUUUAUAGUCACAUUUAUUUUGGAAUUGUCGUUUAAAGAAAAGAUAAUGUAAAAAUAUCGUAAAAUAUUAUGAAUCGUUUAUAUAAACCUUUAUAUCUUUUAUAUUCUAUAUUUAACUAAAAACUUAUAUUUUAUUAAAAUUCAGAAAUUAAUAUAUUUCUGAUGUGUGCACACACAUAUCUUCCUUAGAUUUAUUCUUAUAUCUUAUCCAUCCAACGCGGGAUACGUACGAUUGAAGUACGAUUCAUAUUAAAUACAAAUAUGAAUAAUUACAGAGUUAUUGAUUAUAUUGACUAUAUUUUUUAAAAUUAUAGUAUGCUUGUUAAUGAGCUAUAACAUAUAAAAUAACUUGGAGUUGUAUAAAUGAUGCCUUAAAAUCGUAUGUAGAUUUUAGAUUACCGAUUUAGCAGUAUAUUUUUUAUGAAAUAAGGAUUAUUUUGUAAGAAAUAAACUAUGUGGAA